AUGCGGUGGAGUCAUGGCACUAGUUGGCGGUCGCCUGCGAGCCUCCGAGCUCAAACCAGAAUUGCUGCUUUGGUGUUACAGAAAUUUAAACGGAAAUUCGCUACCAUUGCUUCUCAACAUGCCUACAAGGAUAUCAUAACAACGCUUCACAAGCCUGAUGGUGGAAACUAUGGGAAGUUCUACUCUUUACCAGCUUUAAACGAUCCAAGAAUCGAUAGGUUACCAUUUUCUGUUCGGAUACUACUGGAAUCAGCUAUUCGUAAUUGUGACAACUUUCACAUUACGAAGGAUAAUAUUGGGAAUAUAAUGGAUUGGGAGAAUACAUCUCGUAAGAAAGUUGAGAUUCCCUUCAAACCUGCCCGUGUUAUGCUACGGGAUUUCACUGGAUUGCCAGUUAUAGUUGAUCUUGCUGCUAUGAGGGAUGCCAUGAAGAGUCUUGGUCAUGAUCCUAACAAGAUUAAUCCACAGGUUCCUGUUGAUCUUGUGUUUGAUCACUCGGACCAAGUAUAUGGGGAAAAACCAGAAACUUGGCGAAAAGGUAUGCAACUAGAAUCUGACAAAAACUGGGAAAGGUUUAUGUUCCUUAAGUGGGCUUCAUCAGCCUUUUACAACAUGCUGAUCGCUUCUCCCGUGUCUAGUACUGUUCAUCAGGUAGACUUGGAGUAUCUCUGCAGUGUCGUUUGUAACUCAGAUGGAUAUUUGUACCCUGACAGUGUUGUUGGUGCAUAUUCCAACACAGCUUUAGGAGUUGCUGGGUGGGAAGUGGGAGGACUUGAGGCAGAAGCAGCAAUACUUGGUCAGCCAAUCAGCGUGGUGCUACCUAAUGUGGUUGGAUUUAAGUUGGUUGGGAAAAUGAGGGUUGGAGUUUCGCUUACUGAUUUGGUUCGAACCGUGACUCAAAUGCUAAGGAAUCAUGGUGUUUUUGGCAAUUUUGUUGAGUUUUACGGUGAGAAGGCAAUGAGUGAACUAUCAGUAGAUGGUAGAGCCAAAAUUGCAAUGUUAUCCCCAGAAUAUGAGGCAAUAAUGGGUUUCUUCCCUGUUGACCAUGUCGCACUGGAGUACCUGAAGUUGAAGGGAAGAAGCGAUGAAACUGUUGCAGCGAUCGAAUCAUACUUGCGCGCAAACAAGAUGUUUAUUGACUACAAUGAGCCGCAAGAAGAAAUAGCAUACACAUCUUGUUUACAGCUGAAUUUGGGAGAUGUUGAGCCAUGUGUUUAUGGUCCAAAACGGAUUCACGACCGAGUUCUUUUGAAAGACAUGAAGGCUGACUGGAAGGCAUGUCUUGACAAUCCUCCAGGGUUCAAGGGGUUUGCAAUCCCGAAAGAAGAACAAGAAAAAAAUGCCAAGUUUUCGUUCAUGGGACAACCAGCUGAGGUUAAACAUGGAAGUGUUGUUAUUGCGACCAUUACGAGUGGUAAUACCAAAACAAGUCCUAGUGACAUGGUUGAGGUUGCACUUGUUGCUAAAAAGGCUUAUAACAUUGGCUUGAAAGUUAAACCAUGGGUUAGGACAAGUUUUUCUCCUGGUUAUGGAUUUUUCAAGGAGUAUCUGCUUCAAAGUGGGCUGCAAGAGUACUUGGACAAACAAGGAUUCCAAUUUCUCCGCCAGGGCUUCACAACGUCCAUUUGGGGAACUGGUGAUCUUGAUGAGUCAACUGCAUCUGCUAUUUCAGAAAAUGAUAUUGUUGCGGCUGCUGUGCUCUCUAGUAGUAGAGACUUUGGAAGGCGUAUUCAUACGUAUGCAAAAGCAAACUAUCUUGCUUCGCCCCCAUUAGUUGUUGCAUACGCGCUUGCUGGAACGGUUAACAUCGAUUUUGAGACAGAACCAAUUGGAACUGGCAAAGAUGGAAAGAAUGUAUACUUAAGUGACAUAUGGCCAAGCAGUGAAGAAGUUAAUGAGGCUCUUCAGAACAGUGUGUUACAAAGCCUGUCCAAGAGCACUUACGAGACCAUAACAAAGAGGAACUAUGUGGCAACAAGUUGUACACCAUAUUCUUGGGAUUCAAACUCAACAUACAUCAAUGAACCUCCGUAUUUCAAGAACAUGGGCUUAAAUCCACCUGGCCCUCGUGAAGUGAAAGAUGCUUAUUGCUUACUGAAAUUUGGAGACAACAUAACCACAGACCACAUUUCACCAGCAGGGACCAUCCACAAAGACAGUCCUGCUGCAGAGUUUCUAAAAGACAAGGUAUCUGAUUUCAACUCAUAUGGAAGCCGUCGAGGAAACCAUGAGGUGAUGACACGUGGUACAUUUUCCAAUACAAGUAUUGUUAACGAGCUCUUAAAUGGAGAAAUUGGCCCCAAGACAGUUCACAUUCCUACGGGGGAGAAACUUUGUGUUUUUGAUGCCGCUACUAGAUACAAAACCGCUGGACAGGAUACGAUCAUACUAGCUGGUGCAGAGUAUGGAAGUGGUUACUGUCGGGAUUGGGCUGUAAAGGGUCCAAAGCUUCUGGGAGUGAAAGCUAUUAUUGCCAAAAGCUUCGAUAGAGUCCACCGCAGCAACUUGGCUAGUAUUGGGAUUGUUCCUCUGUGUUUUAAGCCUGGUGAGGAUGCAGAAACCCUUGGAUUAACUGGUCAUGAACGCUACACAAUCCAUCUUCCUAGCAAGGUCAAUGAGAUAAAACCGAGUCAAGACAUAACGGUGACUACGGAUACUGGCAAAUCUUUUACAUGUACUUUGCGGUUAGAUUCCAAGGUCUCUAACGUGAGGUUGGUUUAUGGGAAUGAUUAG